AGGCCAGGCGCAGGGAAGUCGCAAACUCGGGCCAGGAGCGCAGCGGGUCCAGCUCAGCAGGCGGCCCCCAGUCCCCGCGCAGGAGCCUAUUGCCUUUCACCACCACCUUUGUUAGCUGAAUCAUUAUAUGGAAAGAGCUUUUUUUGAGGACUGGGAGACAGGACUCCCAGUUCUGUUUCUACCUCUGCCACCCAUUCAUCACUGAGCCUGUUUAUUUCUUUCAGUUUUGUUUUAGACACAAUGUCUGCUCCAGCAUCCCAUCUGCCAGCUCCCACUGGCUACCCAAUCCCAUCAGCACCCCCAACAUAUGAAGAGACAACAGGAAUAAACACUUACCCUCCUUAUCCUGCCCCGGAAUCUGGGCAUGGACCAAACAUGAAGAGUAUGAAUCCUCCUCCGUAUCCUUCACAACCUGUUCCAGCUCCUAAUCCAAUUACAGUUCAGACUGUGUAUGUGCAGCAGCCAGUAACAUUUUAUGAUCGCCCAGUUCAGAUGUGCUGCCCCUCCUGCAACAAGAUGAUAGUGACACGUCUCUCGCACACUUCAGGAGCACUGACCUGGCUGUCAUGCGGCAGCCUCUGUCUGCUGGGGUGCGUAGCUGGUUGCUGUUUCAUCCCCUUCUGUAUUGAUGCCCUCCAGGAUGUGGAUCACUAUUGUCCAAGCUGCCAAGCCCUUCUUGGUACCUACAAGCGUUUGUAGGCAAUAUCAAAUAUUGAGUGAAGAUGGAUGUUCAAGAUUGUUCAGCACCUUUUCAAGCUCUUUCUGAACUUCUUGAAGAUCUCUGUGCAUUGUCAUUGUGAAUGGAUCAAGAUUUAUCUCACUGUUCUUGUAAUAGUAAGAAUCUGCUUAGGGGGACUCAGGACUGUUAAGGGGAUAUAUAGUCUGUCACUUCACAGGCCACUUAGUCAAGUUGGUAGUGACCAAAUUUGUCCCUCUAUGGCUUAUGCAAAAUAGCUGAUGGUGUGGGUCUGGUUAAUAUUAGAAAGUUCCCCAUGUGGAUUGACACCUCUGUCACAGAGACCCAGGUCUGAGCUUGCAUGCAGGCAGACUUACCUUCUUACGCCUAGAAGUGAUGCCUCUGGGAAAAUAUUGAAGCGGGUUGGCAGGGGACUGCCUGUGAUGGUCCUAUUCUGUGGCUAAAAAGGACUUCUGGUCGCCAGUGUAGUCAAUCUGAUACAUUUUACAUGCACUAAAAUUCACUUUAAAUUUGUUUUUAAAAAAUUGCCUUUAAAAGAAACAGAACCAAAAAUAGCCUUAAGUUUUUGGCUUUUCCCUUAGGCUGCUUUACCAAAUCCAGCCCACUCAGGCUACCAUGCAGAUGGCUUCUCAACAUGGUCUCCCAGUUUCCUUGCUGGUUGUGAGUUCAGUCAUACCUUUAGCGCUGCACAGAGUGUUUUUUUGUGCAGGAUUUUUUAAUAAAUAUUUGUGUGUGUAUAUAUAUAUAUUUUUUACUGCUGAGUUAUAAAUCUGUGAAAAUUAGCUUUCUGAUGGAAAUGCUGAUAGAGCCAUGGCUCGAUCAGUGUUGUCUUUCCUCUAAUAUAAUUACAUGAGCCAAAUGAUAAAUCUUUAAAAAACAAACAAACAAAAAAAACCCCUUAGGCCUUUAAGUUUAUAAAGCUUGGAUUCCAUCUGCAUAAAUGUUAAAAUCAAACCAAAACAACUUUUUACUUGCUAUUGGUGUAAUCUGAUCACAUCUUUUCAUUAAGAAGGUAACUUCUUUUGUUAAGGAGUUUCACUGAGUGAGUGCUAGCUGGAUAAGACUUGUAUGGUGAUAUUUCAAAUGAAAGAGAAGUUUCCAAAAUGAAAUAUGGGUAGAAUUUCCAGAGACUGAUCACAGGAAUUGAGGUUUGAGUCUCUGAAGAUUUGAAAUACUUCUCGUUAUUGGGGUAGAACUGUCUGACAGAAACUACUGCCUAACGCUGCUCCUUGUGUCAAGUAGAGCAUGAUUCCACUGCUGAAGGUUCAAAUGUGUUUGCUGUGAUUUGGUUGAAUGAGGUCUGUGUAAAAAAGCAACAUCAGAAGUUGAGUUUAAAUAUGAGCUGUGAUUGUAAAGUUGUAUUAACCCAUGAAAACAAUAAAAAUUGCAACUAUAAUUCUUUAAAAAAAAAAAAAAAGUCUCUCUAAAUAUUUGAAUGGGGUAACUUUUUUUUCCCCCAAAACAUUACAACUUGUAACAUUGAAAUGCAGUGGCUAUUGUACUACAGAUACAUAGCUGACUUUUAUUUCUUUCUUUUUCUGAACUGAUUAUGCUUUUUGUGGUUCACUUUGCAAGUGGUUUUAAGAACUACUUCUAUAUUUAGAAAAAGUUUCAGGUCUGAUAUUUAGCGCACCACAAGAAUUUACCAAAAUAGCAGCUAACUGACAACAGAAUAAUGGAGGUAAAGAGCUGAAACUAUUUUAUGUACUUUACACUCUGCAUUUAUGGUGUUUGCAUAUUACAUGUGUGCUAUCUGUAGACAGAGGUUACAUUAACUCAAGAAAACCAAAGCUUGAUGACAAUAGCAAUACCCCAUAGUGCCAAGAAGUGUCAGUAGGGGUGACUUAUGUGGAAAGCAGAAAAGCAGGUUUAUGUAAGGUUGUUUUUGUGGUAUUGUAAUCCAAAUAGAAGAUUCUGCUUUCUAUUUUGCAGUUUGACUGUUCUGUUUUUUCCAUAAGACUUAUUUUCAAACCUUACUAUAUCAGCAUAAGCAACACUACCCUAAUAACAGAAUAUUCUUCUUUUUAAAAUGUGGUUGGAUAAGUUUAAUUUUCUGUAGUUUCAGAUAUGCUGCUUUUCCCAAAUAUGAUCAGUGUCCUUAUUUUGACCAUUUUUACAUUUAAAGUAGUUUUUCCUACUGUUUCCCACUGGUACUGGAUAUAUGCACCUAUUCUGUGCUGUUUGUUUUGCAAUAUUAUACCAGUUUUAUAUUAACUCUCUGCACACACGUUGUAUUGACUGUAACAUGCUAAUAGCAGAGACCUAGAAGCUGUCCCAUGAGGAACUUGAGCUCAUCGCAGUUCACUGGAGUAUGAGUCAGCUUGCCUCAGAGCAUUUUGUAGGAUCUGGAUCUAGAGCUGCAAUUCAGUUGUUAAAAUAUUUGCAAUCAGGCUAUUGGUAGAGACUUUACACAAACAUUAGUUGAUCCUAAUUUAUAACCUUAUAUGUGUCACAAUGACAAAUCAUGCCUUUAUUUUAUCCACAUCUCAAAAUAUAAUUCUUGGCUCAGUGUUUUUGUUUUGAGACAGAUGGAGCAAAAAAAGCAUGUGACACUUAUUAACUCUUCAUUCAUUGGCCUGAUAAAAGGCAGAUUUAAAUUGCACCUCUGUCUUUGGUCACAUCACUCCUUUUCCACAUAGGCAACCCUGUUUGUUCAACAAACGAACAACAGAUACAUUGUCAAAGAAGUAUUCACCUAAGUUCCCCUAUCCCUACAUAGUGAUGUCAUGGAAAACCUGAAGCGAUAUCCCCUCAUACUCACAAGGCACAGAGUUUGAGUUUUGUUUAGGGUGCGGUUUGCCACAUCUCUUUUUGUCUUGUCAGAACCGGAAUAAGGCUUAUUGCGUGGGAGGAUUCUCUGAGCCUGAUUUUAGCUUUUGCAGGUGGUUUAGCAAGCCUAUCUACUACCCCCUCUAUGGUUUUGUUCUGAGCAUUGCUCCUCAGAUAUUGUUUCUUGUGUAUGUAGAGACGUAUAAAUUGAAUGGACCAAAACAAUUUUCAGUGUCCAAAUAAGUGUAUCAAGGAAAUGCAGGAAAUACUACAUUGUGUGUGAGGAAAACGCAUUCGUGUUCUGGGUUACAUUGAAGUCACUGUUUGCUUUUAUUGCUGAAUAUCUUUUACAAUAAAAUUGUGUUUUGGUUUUUGUACAGAG